AUGUUUGAACUGGAAGAAUAUUCAAGUGGAUUUCAUGAUGGAUUUCUUAACAAAUAUGCGGACUCCUCCGGGCCCACAUUAGAUUUCUUCAUAUCGGAUUCCCUGCACGAUAUGCUGGAUGUUGAUAUACGCAGCGAAGUGGCAAAUGUUGUCGGUAGCGUUACCGACUAUGAAACCUGCCUGGCGGAAUUACCCUCAGCAUUUGAUCACAGUACCGAUUUGCUACAUACAAAUGGCAGUUCCAGUAAUGGUGUCGCCAUAACCUCCUCCUCGGCGCACAAAGAACCAACAAGUGUCCUAUCAUCAUGGAGUUCACAUUUUGGCGGUUUGGGUUCAUCAAAUUCAUCAUCAUCAUGGUUGGGUGCUAAUAAUGAUUUUCUAGCCGAUGUGGGGGCGUGUGUUAAUCCCAUUUCGGUAAUGCCAUUGAUAUCAUCCUCCCUACUGCAUAUGUCACCAAAGACAAAUUUAAAUGCAAAUAUUUUACGUAGUAGUUCACCGCCACCCCCAUCACCCAAUGUCAAUGAUACCAAAUCACAUUUGACAUUUUCACCGGCUCACAUAAAGAUUAGCGCCAGUUCGAUACGUAAUGAACAGUUGACGGCCCAUAUACCAAAACAACAAAUAAUAGCUAUAUCAUCGACGGUAACUACAGCUACAACAGCCCCUGCUACAAUGGCCACGAAUUCGGCAUUGCAGCGUAAAAAUGCUGCUGUGGAGGCGAUUAAAAAAGAUUUGGGUACGGAGAUGAGGAAAGUGGUGCCGGUGGCAACAAAUGAAGGCGGUAAUUUGGUGUUUAAAGCCAAUCCGGUGGCUGUUAGCCGGGAAGGCAGCUCAUCAUCAUCAUCUACCUCAGCUAUACUUACAGCUACCAGUAGUUCCUCAACCACCUCAUCCGCAUCUUCGGCUACUUCUACAUCAUCGAGCACAAUUAAAUUGGGUCCUGGUAUUGGUGGUCUCACCUUUGCCAAUAACAUUACCACCUACAACAAAUUGAAACAAACCUCCAACAACAAUACAACACAACAUAGCAGCAGCACAACAACAUCAACGGGAGGAACAACAAAAUUAAAUCAGGGUUCGACAACAACAAUCACUGCCAAUGGUUCAGCGUUAGUUUUGAAACGUGAACGUGAAUCUAGUCCUUUGCAAACCAUAACCACCAAUGGAAACAAUAACCACAACAACAAUGGUGGUGGUGGUCAAAAUCUUACCAAAAUAAUAUCACGCAAUGGCGUUCAAACCUCAACUAGUUUUACAGCCAAAUCCAUAGCUCAUGCAAAUUAUUUACAACAACAGCAUCAGCAGCAACAACAACAGCAACAGAAUAAUUCCUCAAAUGGUAGCCAGAAUUCCAAUUAUUCCACAAAUAUUGUUAGCUAUAAUCCGAACAACUCAACAACAACAUCUGCAUCUAACAGCCCCACCUCAAGUAAUAGUUCAAGUCCGAACCUUGCCACGGCCGCCGUUAAACCCUUACAGCAAAAGGUUAAGCCGCCCCAAGUUGAAUCAGAAUUUCCCAAACCUGCUUACUCAUACUCCUGCCUCAUAGCAAUGGCUUUGAAAAACUCCCGCAGUGGGUCUUUGCCCGUAUCGGAAAUCUAUAGUUUUAUGUGUGAACAUUUCCCCUAUUUUAAGACCGCACCCAGUGGCUGGAAGAAUAGUGUUCGACACAAUUUGUCCCUUAAUAAAUGUUUUGAAAAAAUCGAAAAACCUCCGACAAAUGGUAAUCAGCGUAAAGGCUGCCUAUGGGCCAUGAAUCCCGAACGUAUUGCCAAAAUGGAUGAAGAAGUCCAGAAAUGGUCGAAAAAAGAUCCCAUGGCUAUACGUAAUGCAAUGGUUUAUCCCGAACAUUUAGAGGCAUUGGAACGUGGUGAAAUGAAACAUGGCAGUAGUGGGGAUUCAGAUGCUGAAAUGGAUAGUCAAUCGGAAAUUGAAGAGGCCUCCGAUUUGGAGGAGCAGGAAUUAGAUGAAACAUUGGUUGAUAAUAUGCUCGUGGAAGAGGAAUUGGAUGAGGAUAUGAUUCAUGCGGUAUCGAUUAAAACUGAAGAUAUACAUCAUAUGUCCGAUAAUGAAGAUGAUAGUGGUGUGGCUGCUGGAGGAGGUGGUGGUAAUGAUAUUGUCAUCAGCCGUUUGUCUAAUUUACAGCAACAACGCAGGGCCACCAUGUCAUCACCGAUUACCCUGUCAACUAAGGCUGUUAAUGGUGGUGGUGGUAUUAAUUCCCUAUCGGAUAGUUUACAGCGGGAUUUUGAUAUUGAGGUUGAAGACAUCUACGAUGCCAUUGAUAUCGAUGAUGACAAAGAAGCGGUACGCAUGGCCAUUAGCCAAUCCGAUAUUAUUGAAUUGAGUCCGGCCGAUUAUAAUAUUUCAGCUGCUGUCGGUGCUGGAGGCAACAACGAGAAUCAUCAAUCCCCCAAGAGAGCAAGAUUAAAUAUUAAUUAUUCAAUUGGGCCGGCUGGUGAGAUUGAAAAACAAAUUCAAAAUCAACAACAGCAACAACGUCACAUACAAAUGCAAAAUAUCAAGAAAAUUGUCAAAGUUCAAAAUAUACAAGAUCUGCAGCAUAUACAACAGCAGCUGCAACAGCAACAACAACAAAUUGUUGUGCAAACAAUAUCGAGCAGCAAUAAUGGUGGCCUGCAACAGCAGCAUCAGCAUACCACCGCCGGACAAUUUACACAAAUCGGUACACUCUCAGCAUUGGGUGAGGCAACAAAUCAUCAAACAUCACGUCGUAAAAUGCAGUUGGUUAAUCGAAUUGCUUAA